AUGACCGUCCUUGCUGGGCUCGCCUUGGUUGCACUCGCUCUGGGCGCACCUGCCGACUUGGGUAACCCACACUCUAGCACCGGCUCCACUACUGCCUGGGAGAAUACGCAAACACAGGAGUAUCACUGCGAGGGCAACGACAUUGUCCGCUGUGAGACCACCCCCGGAGGUUUUUGCUUUGCUAUGGACCUCUGCGAGGCAUACUGCUUCCACCACGACAGCGGCGCUUCAUGCGUUGACUUGGGUGCGCCUGCUGUCGAAACUUCCAACAACGUCGAAAUCACCGCUCGGAAGACCUCCAUCUCAGUAACAGGUGUAAACGUCGCCGCCAGGGAUGCUUCAUCUCAAGAGGACAUGCACUAUACCUGUUCCCGAAACCGCGCCAGCGUUCUGAUCUGCAAAUACGGCUUCUGUUCCAUAGACCACUACUGCAGAAGCGGCAACGAAUGCAAGGACGACUGUAGUUGCUGCAAGAGCGCGUUUCCCUCGGUUCAGGGUGCUAAGUCUGAAGUUCGGAUCGUACCUAAAGACGCGGCUAUCAGUCUCGCUGCAAGAGGUCGCAAUCCGAAGGAGAGCGCACUCUACGUUUGCUCCAAGGACCGCGCCAGCGUCCUCAAGUGUAGGCAUGGCUUCUGCGCUACUGAUUACUAUUGCGAAAACACCAUACGUGCAUCGACAAACCUGCACGCUGCAAGAAAGUCCGUGAUGCUGGAGACUGAGGUUGAUGACUGUUGA